CUAAAAUGAGACGCUUCAGUACUCGCUCAACUCAUAAACGGAGCAAAGAGCAGCUAUUUCAGCCAUACCAAGACUAUAAGAGAAGGACUAGGAAUCAAAAAACACCAAUUCACAGUUUUCCUCAAAAUAAGAUUCAAGAUGAGGGAGAGGAUGUUGGUUCAGGGCCGUGUUUUACAAGGUCAGAUAAUUCUUCAAAUGAUCACAUUAAGAUUCGUGAAAGGGUCUCAGUCAUUGGUCCUAGUGGAAGCUUUCCAAUCCUCAAUCAUUCAGCGACCCAGAUCCCACCGAGUUAUGAUGUAAAAUAAAAAGAAUGAGCUCAAAAGCUCUCUAUUCCAGAAGAUCUUCAGUUCCUUAGCCAUAAUGGGAGUGACCAAAGAUAGACUGGCUUCACAGAUAUUCCACCAGCUGUGAGCUUUGGGCAUGUGUGAGGGAAAACUCAAGGAUGAUACCUGUGUCAAAAUAAAAGUGAAUGAAUUCAUUUUCCUGCUGAAUAAUAUGGGAUACCAGAUACCGCCAGAAUCUGCUAUCGAGGUGCUGAAUUUAGUCCACAAGUGAGAUCCCUCAGAAAAGCAAACGCUUCAGGUAGACUCUCCUGAGAUGAAAGGAGCUUAUUGUAUCAAUAUAAAGAAGUUAUCAGAUUGCUUUCAUGCAAACCCGAAAUACCUCAAACCAGUAAAUGUUCAGAGGUCAAAAUCUUUUGCUGACAACAAGCGUAUGAGUCUCUUCAAGAAAAUCAGUGAGAGAAAUAUGAGCUCUUUUGGCAGUAACAAGAGCUUUACGUUUAAUUCCGGUGGCGAGACAUCGAAAUCAAUGAUUAAAGGCAAUAAAAGCCUAGAUCCUAUAAAGAGAGAUCCUUUAAAGCGCGACCAGCUAUUUAAAUUUGAAGUUGAAUCCGAACUCAAGAAUGACCCGCUUGCGAGUACAGGGACAAAGCUUAUUUAUGACCUCAGCUACAAUGACUUAGACAAAGGUUGAAGUAGAGGGACUCCUCUUCGUUAUGAGACAAAAUAAAGCAAUUAAGAACUACAUGAAGAUGGUAUCUAAAGUGCCAUACCUGUCAAAAUAAGCUAUCCAAGAACUUAUUAGAAAGAAGGGCACAACCUUCUGUGAGCGGUGGGAAAUUCAGAUGGAAAUCUGAAAUCCAGAAAACAGUCAAAAGGAUCAAAGAACGGAAGAACCUGCAGGGCAUAAAUCUCUCAAAAAGCAUCUUAGAAGAGAUUUGUAAGAAAACUGGAAAAAUGAAGACCCAAAUUUCUGAGGAAGAUGUGCUGGAGUUUACAGUCAAUUAUCCCUCAUUCACAAAGCUUAAUGCAAUGAGAGGCCUGCAGCACUACCAGGCAGUCAGUAGUGUGACUACCAAACGGAUGAAGAGUAAGGAGAAACUGAUGAAGAACUUUUCUCUGACUGGCAAGCUACAUAAAAAGCAAAGGAAAAGAAUGAGUGAGCUUCUCAAUACAAGGUUUAAGUAA